AUGGAUUGUCUCGUAGCUAAGUGUAUUCCUUGUAUUACUGACUGUGUAAUUGGAGAACUUGAAAAAAUGGGUCACCGUUACAACUUGGCUCUGAAACUAGCCAGAGAUCCCAGAUUUAAACGUCUGCAUUGCCUACAUAAGGGGACUUACGCAGAUGACUGCAUAGUACAAAGAGUAACUGAACACAAAUGCUACAUAGUGGGAACAAAUGACACCGAACUAAAGAGGAGAAUACGUAGAAUUCCUGGCGUACCAAUCAUGUACGUGACAAACCAUAAGUACUCUAUUGAGAGACUUCCAGAAUCACUGGUUUCUGUUCCGUUAAAAAAGUAG